AAAAAGCCCUGUCUUGGAACUCACCUACAAAUGGAGUCUUGCCGAGGCAAUUCCAUCCAUUCAUGUACUUUACUCUCAGUACCCACUCUAGUUGCAGAAGUUCAGGUCUUCUAUCAUGGCUUCUAUCCAGAAACUUCUCUUCUUUGUCACAGCCUCCAGUCUUCUUCUCUAUGGGACUACUGCAGCACAGAAGCCACAGUCCUAUAUUGUGUACAUGGGGAGUUCUUCAAAGAGCAAUGGAGAAAGUGAUACUGAACCUGCUGCAGAAUUAGCCCACCUGCAAUUAUUGUCAUCAAUUAUUCCAAGUGAGGAGAGCCAGAGAUUGUCUCUAAUUCACAGUUAUAAUCAUGCUAUCAAGGGUUUCUCUGCCAUGCUCACAGAGAAGGAAGCUUCUUCAUUAUCUGGCCAUGAGAAGGUUGUAUCAGUCUUCCCUGACCCAGUUCUUCAACUCCACACCACACGUUCCUGGGAUUUCCUGGACUCAGAAUCCGGCAUCAGAUCAGGCAUCAAAUACCCACAAGCUUCCAGUGAUGUAAUAAUAGGAAUUAUAGACACAGGAAUAUGGCCAGAAUCACCAAGUUUCAACGAUGAGGGGAUGGGGGAGAUACCUUCAAGGUGGAAAGGAGUCUGCAUGGAAGGAUCUGACUUCAAGAAAUCCAACUGCAACAGGAAGUUGAUAGGGGCCAGAUACUACACCAUCUUCAGCGACUCAACCGGGUCGAAAUCUCGCGGAAACAGGACACAUGUGAUUCGACCAAUUGGUUCACCGAGGGACUCGGUCGGCCACGGCACCCACACUGCAUCCACAGCCGGAGGUGUGGCUGUUGCUAACGCAAGCUACUAUGGGCUUGCUCAUGGGACAGCCAGAGGUGGCUCCCCUUCCAGCCGGAUUGCAAUGUACAAGGCUUGCUCAUUAGGGGGUUGCUCUGGAUCCACCAUACUGAAGGCCAUUGAUGAUGCAAUCAAGGAUGGAGUUGAUAUAAUCUCAAUCUCUAUAGGCAUGAGUUCAAUUUUCCAGUCCGAUUUCCUCAACGACCCCAUAGCCAUUGGCGCAUUCCAUGCCAACCAGAUGGGUGUCAUGGUUGUUUGCUCUGGAGGGAAUGAUGGGCCUGAUCCAUACACUGUUGUAAACUCAGCCCCUUGGAUCUUCACUGUUGCUGCUUCAAAUAUUGAUAGAGACUUCCGAUCCACUGUUGUUUUGGGCAAUGGGCAACCUUUCCAAGGAUCUGCAAUAAAUUUCUCCAAUCUGACUCGUUCAAAAACAUAUCCCCUGGCAUUUGCAGGAGCUCUUGCUGCUGUCUCUACUCCUUCAUCAGAAGCAAGCAACUGCUACCCAGGAUCUUUAGAUUCAAAGAAGGUUGCAGGAAAAAUAGUUGUAUGCAUGGAUACGGAUCCGAUGGUGUCUAGACGCAUAAAGAAACUAGUAGUGGAAGCUGCUAAAGCUAAAGGGUUAAUCUUGAUUGAUGAAUCCGAGAAGGGGGUGCCUUUUGAUGCUGGUGUUUUCCCGUUCUCAGAAGUUGGAGACAUGGCCGGAUAUCAGAUACUUAAGUACAUUAAUUCUACCAAGAAUCCAACAGCAACUAUCCUUCCAACUGUGCAUGUCCCAGGAGUGAGACCUGCUCCAGUUGUUGCAUAUUUCUCAUCUCGAGGUCCUGGAGGAAUCACAGAAACCAUUCUCAAGCCAGAUGUAACAGCUCCAGGAAUAGGGAUUCUAGCGGCCAUCAUCCCCAGGAGCGAUGUAAUAAGCGUCCCAGUGGGGAAGAAGCCUUCCAAGUUUGCUCUGAAAUCUGGGACCUCCAUGGCUUGCCCUCAUGUUGCAGGUGCUGCAGCAUUUAUCAAAUCAGUUCAUCCCGGCUGGACUUCUUCCAUGAUCAAGUCAGCUCUCAUGACAACAGCCACUACGUCCAACAACAUGGGGAAGCCCCUAACGAACAGCACAGAUUCCUUUGCGAAUCCACACGAAAUGGGAUCAGGAGAGAUAAACCCAAUUAGUGCCCUGAACCCAGGCUUAGUAUACGAAACAUCAACAGAUGACUUGCUGUAUUUCCUCUGUUACUAUGGAUACAAAGAAAAGAUCAUACGCUCCAUGUCUGGAACCAACUUCAGCUGCCCAUCCAACUCCUUGGAGGACUUCAUCACUGAUCUCAACUAUCCCUCCAUCUCCAUCACCAAGCUGGAUGGGCGUCGAGCUGCUCGAACGGUGACCAGAACGGUCACCAACGUCGGAUCGACAAACGCGAUGUACACGGCCACGGUGCAUGCCCCAAAAGGGUUGCUGGUCAAGGUGUGGCCGGAGAGGCUUGUCUUCUCAAGAGCCUCACACAAGGCUUCUUUCAAGGCCUCCUUCUAUGGAAAGACUGCAACUCGGGGCUAUAACUUCGGCCAUGUGACAUGGUCUGAUGGUAUCCAUUCCGUUCGCACUGUGUUUGCAGUGAAUGUUGUGUAAAUCUCAAGCUUUUGCUUUUUGUUUUUGUUUCUUGUUUUUGAAGAUGAGUAUAACACAAUGUCAGAUUAGAAUUUUUUUUCUCUC